UCGUCGCUGCCCACAGCAACAACACCUGCAGGAGCAACAGCUGCAGGAGCAGCAGCAAAGGCUGCAGGAGCAGCAGCAAAGGCUGCAGGAGCAGCAGCAAAGGCUGCAGGAGCAGCAGCAAAGGCUGCAGCAGCAGUACAUGCAGCAAAACCGGCUGCAGCAGCAACAACAGCUGGAGCAGCAACAGCUGGAGCAGCAGCAACACCAGACUCAACGGUGA